AUGUCUAGUGAUGGUAGAUUCGGAUCUAGCCGCCCGAUCACGCCCAUCGUAAGCGAUCCAAUAAAUAUCGUUCAUUUUGAAUCGAGAUCCGUCGAUUCGACAACCACACCAAACGAGAUUGUGGCAACACUUCCUCAAGGUACCCAAGUGGUCGUCGAGGCCAAGCUUCUGACAUCAGACGUCGAUCACACCAUUGAAGAAGUCCGCCAAGAGGUCCAGCAGCAGCAGAAUGGAUUGCCUGGGGGUGGCGUGUCGCGAACAUCAAAUCGCACAUUGUUUUGCCGUAAGUGCGAAGGACAUGGCCAACAGGUUGUUCUCAAAGGGCACGCCAGUCGGUGCCCCUUCAACAAUUGCCAAUGCAAAACGUGCACGAAUGUGAUGUCGAUGAGAGCGAACGCGAUUAUUCGACGUUACCGCACACGAACGCUCGAAGGCGGUUUGGUUUUGAAGCCGGUGCAUUUCAAGAACGGCAACACACGUCUCCGCGUGUUCCCCAAAUAUGUCGACGAAACUGAUGCGCUUCCGAUUCCGAGUUCGCAACAGAAUCAGAUUGCCAAAGGAUUACAAUUAGGCGAUCAGAUCAUCAUUGAGAAACCGCGUCCGACGACACAAGACCAACAGACGCCGCCGCAAUCGGCGACGAUCGCCGCCCAGCCGCCGUUUCAAGUCAAACGGAGCUAUUCGGACGAGUUCGACGUGAGCCGCGGCUCGAAUUCGCCGAAAGCCAACGAGCAAUCGCCGCCCGUCGAGCAGCCGCCGACGACGAUGGCGAGCAUGUCGCUGCCGCUCAUUGAGCUCCUUCUCCGCCAACAGGGCCUCAAUCCCGACCUGAUCGCGAAUCUACUGCCAAUUGGCAAUCAGAAUGGUGUGUCGGCGAUUCCGGCGACGGCGUACGACAACAGCGCGACGUUGUUCAAUGGUUUGUCGUUUCCCAACACCCAGGUCACCUAUUCGUCGCCGAACAACUUCGUACCGACUUAUGUGACAUCAGCGCAGAAUGGAUUCAGCGACAAUGAUCGAAAGCUAUCUGAUGCUGCUCUCAUUGCGCCGGCUGCUGUUCAGCUCAGCGAGUUGAACAUCGGCGUCACCGCUGGAAGCCCAAUUCAUUCGAGUUGCGAUCUCGCACCGAAGUUAACCCCAAACAUGUUUGAAAGCAACAACUCAUCGAACCAUCAUAAUCCGAAGCCAGAACCAGAAGAAUUCACGUCGAAUCUCAUGAUCGCGCCAACCGCGGACCGCUCUCAUCCGUUGUUCCGCAAAUUCCUCAACGUUGUGCGCGAGCUCGAAAAACAAAUGCUCACAGCCGACUCAUAA